CCCGCCCGCCCUGGCUCAGACAGAGACAGAACAGCGAACAGCAGCCGCGCCCAGUGCCCCCUGCCCAGCCUAGUCCAGCGGGGACCCCCAUAGGACAAGACAGGACAAGACAGGACAAGGCAGGACAGGACAGGUCCUUGCGGCUUCCCGCCUGCGCCUCCCUGUUUGGUAGUCCUCCAUCCAUCCAUCUGCGGGCCUACCCUUGGAUUUGUGGGUCCAGCUGUCAUCUCUUCAGUGGGAGCUCACACCAUGUUUAGCUGGCUGAAGCGUGGGGGAGGCGGGGCAGCCCGGGGCCAGCGGGCUGAGGCCAUCCGCACGGUGACCACUGCGCUCAAGGAUUUGUACCGAGCCAAGCUGCUGCCACUGGAAGAACAUUACCGCUUCGGGUCCUUCCACUCGCCGGCCCUGGAGGAUGCCGAUUUCGAGGGCAAGCCCAUGGUGCUUGUGGCCGGCCAAUACAGCACAGGCAAGACCAGCUUCAUUCAGUACCUGCUGGAGCAGGAGGUUCCGGGCUCUCGAGUGGGGCCUGAGCCCACAACUGACUGCUUCGUGGCUGUCAUGCAUGGUGAGACGGAGGGCACCAUGCCUGGCAAUGCCCUCGUCGUUGACCCGGACAAGCCCUUCCGCAAACUCAACCCCUUUGGGAACACCUUCCUCAACAGGUUCAUGUGUGCUCAUCUCCCCAACCAAGUCCUAGAGAGCAUCAGCAUCAUUGACACCCCGGGCAUCCUUUCGGGGGCAAAGCAGAGGGUGAGCCGAGGCUACGACUUCCCUGCUGUCCUGCGCUGGUUUGCUGAGCGAGUGGACCUGAUCAUUCUCCUCUUUGACGCCCACAAGUUGGAGAUCUCUGAUGAGUUCUCUGAGGCCAUCGGGGCCCUGCGAGGCCAUGAGGACAAGAUCCGGGUGGUCCUCAACAAAGCAGACCUGGUGGAGACGCAGCAACUGAUGCGCGUCUAUGGGGCACUCAUGUGGGCACUGGGCCGCGUGGUGGGGGCCCCCGAGGUCCUGCGGGUCUACAUCGGCAGCUUCUGGGCGCAACCCCUGCUCGUGCCUGACAACAGGCGCCUUUUUGAGCUGGAGGAGCAGGACCUUUUCAGGGACAUCCAGGCCCUGCCUCGACACGCGGCUCUGCGUCGGCUCAAUGACCUGGUCAAGCGGGCCCGCCUUGUCAGGGUGCACGCCUACAUCAUCAGCUACCUGAAGAAGGAGAUGCCUUCUGUGUUUGGGAAGGAGAAUAAGAAGAAGCAGCUUAUUACUAACCUGCCCGUCAUCUUUGCCAAGAUCCAACUGGAGCAUCAUAUCUCCCCGGGAGACUUCCCCGACUGUGAGAAGAUGCAGGAACUCCUCAUGGUUCAUGAUUUCACCAAGUUCCACUCUCUGAAACCAAAACUGUUGGAGGCCUUGGAUGAAAUGCUGACCCAGGACAUCGCCAAGCUGAUGCCCCUGCUCCGCCAGGAAGAGCUGGAGAGCCCCGAGGUGGGCGUGCAGGGGGGGGCCUUCGAGGGCACUCACAUGGGUCCCUUCGUGGAGCUGGGUCCCGGAGAGGCCCUGGGCGAAGGCGGGGAAGAGGACGAUGAAGCAGAGUGGGUGGUGACCAAGGACAAAUCCAAAUACGACGAGAUCUUCUAUAACCUGGCUCCGGCUGACGGCAAGCUCAGUGGCUCCAAGGCCAAGACAUGGAUGGUGGGCACCAAGCUUCCCAACUCGGUCCUGGGCCGCAUUUGGAAGCUGAGUGAUGUGGACCGCGACGGAAUGCUGGAUGAUGAGGAGUUUGCCCUGGCCAGUCACCUCAUCGAGGCCAAACUGGAGGGCCACGGGCUGCCCGCUGACCUGCCCCGGCACCUGGUGCCGCCCUCCAAACGCCGUCAAAAGGGCUCUGCCGAGUGAGGGUCUAGAAGGGGGCCUGCCUCUGGCUCUGUCUCCCUUGCGCCAAAUUUGCUCCCUAACUCUGUUCCUCCACUUUUAGCUUGUGCCCCCCAUGGCUUCUUCUCUGAACCCCUGAUUGGUGUCCUUAUGUCUUGAUCUUUCUGGGCUCCCUUCUGUCUCCUCUGAAUCUCCAGCUUACUAUGUCUUGAGUUCUCUUCUUGUUUUCCUCUCUGAGCCAUCUCUGAAUUCUGUGAAUCCCCAUGACUUGCCUGCCCCAAUCUGAACCCCCAAACUCUGAACUCUCAUCUCUGAGGCCCCAUCUCUUCCCCUCUCACAUCCCAAAGUUCCUCCUCAUCUCUGUCUCACUCUGAGCCCCCCUUUGUUUUUCUCCAAGCUUCUGAUCUCUGUUAAUAUCUCUGCCCUUCCUUGGGUCUCCAGGAUCUCUCUCUUAACCCCUAACUGCCUUCCCUGUCUAUCCCAGAGUCUCCAGAUCUGUUGUGCCUAACCCCCUGACCUGCAAUGCCUCUCUCUGCCCUCUGAACCCUUUUCUCUCUGAACUCCCAAAGUGCUUGCCCAUCCUUCCCCUCUGAGCCCCCAUCUUGGUCUCCUUAUGACUGCCAGUUUCUCCCUUGGAAGUUCUUUUCUCCCUGUCUGAGCCCCUAGAUCUUCCCUACCGUGAGACCCAAUCUUUGCCGCACUCAGAGACUUUCAUCUUUCUCCCAUCAGCCUCCCACUAGUUGGACACCCCUCCUGACCCAUCAUAUCCCUCACUCUCCCUCAUCAAACAGACUCUACCUUGCUCACACCUACCCCAAAUGUGAAUUAUUAUGCUUUUCCUCCUUCCUCGCCCUGGGGAAGUCUCUUCACACAGGCCUUAUGAAAGGGACUUGCUUGGAUUUCAGCUCUAUGGACUAAAAUACAUCCUCUCCCCUCCUCCAUCUCCACCUUAAUCCUCAGCCUGUGAUAGGUCUUCGGAUUUAAUAAGAAGUUGGGGGGGAGAGGAGAGGAUUCCCUUCCAUAUAUCCUACCCCCAACACACAGAUAAAUACCUCCUCUCCCAACACACACACACAUAGUAUAGUAUAAGGACCAAGGUGAGGGGGUGAUUCUGAGGUUUUAAGUAUAUGUGACAUUAUGUAUGCGUUAAGUAGACGUAAGUGAUUGAAGGCAUGCUUCUAGCCCCCAGCUUGUUGACUACCCCAUGAGUCCACAUAGAAAGGACCAAUAAGGGAACCCAGAUUGACAGAAUCAGUCCUAGACCCUCCCUCCUCCCCACCUAUUCCUCUUAGGUGAGCCAGACAGGUCAGUGAUUCAAGGGGCAGGACCAGGAGGGAUGUGAUUGCUCCAAAGCUAAGCUGGGGGAGAGUGAUUUAGAGAUGAGAGAGAAUAAAGUUUCUUUCAGAGUUCUGGUCCUUGGUUCAGCCCCUCUGAGGCAGCUGGUCUGGAGACUACCCAGGGACUAUUUGGAGUGGGGCUGGUUGGUGAGGUCCCCAGCAGGAGCUGGCUGGUUAGGAGGUCCAGGGGUCUGCCUCCUUCCCAUCUAUAUUUAAAUACUUUACCUAGGUCCUCCUAGCCUGUCUGAUUAGUCUGUUUAUAGAAUUUAAGUGAAGAAAAGCCAGUCCUCCCAACAAGCUCUUUGGCCCAUAUCCGCCAUAUGGGAUUUUUUUUGGGAGGGGGGGUCUUUAUUUUGGUCGUGUAUUUUCCCUCAUCAGCUGACAGGACUAAGGGAGGAGUCCAUCACCAAGUCCAUGAGUCCAUAUUUAAGAUGUCCAGACUUCUGAGGUGGAUUUUACAGUAGCCAUUUUUCUACUCUCCCUCCUUGACUCUGGCCCAGCUCUUACAGAAAUGUGGAAUCAUAGAUGGAGAGACGGAAGGGCCUUGGAUAUCCUCACAUCCAACCUCUUUGUUUUACAGAUGAGGCCGAGAGAGUUAAGUGACAUGCCCAUGGUUGCAAGGCUAGAAAGUUUGUGAGGCAGGAUUUGAACCCAGGCCUUCCUGACUUGAAGAGCAAUACUAUUUAAUCUCCUGCCUCUCCUAGAGCAGGGACCAGAGUCCAUAGAGAGUAAUCACCUGGUGUGUCCCCUGGGAAGGGCAGGGACCCAGAUCCAGCUCCCUAUCCCUUCCUGGAGGACCCUGAGAUGGGAGUGGGGGAAUCUGCAGGCCUUCCUUCCACCAAAAUCCCACUCAGUGGGACACCCCACCUUUAUACCUACCUACACACACACACACACACACACACACACACACACACACACACACGCUUAGAGAUCCCCAGUAGACAUUCUGUUCCUUAUCUAGGCUGCUGGGGUAGGUAUGGCAAGGCUGGCCCCUGAAGUGAAGCCUAGCCCCCCAGAGGGGUUGGGUGGAUGAGGGGCUUGUAUACCUCCCCCCCAUGGGGUUUACUCCCAUCUUUCUGGCCCAAGACUGCUCUGGUAAGGGAAGGGCAGCUGCUUGGUUUGUUUGCCAGACCUCUGAACAGUUGGGGGAAAAGAUGUAGUUUCCAGGCCCAGAGACCGGCAAGGGAGAGAGACAGCCUGCAGCCAUGGUCCUGAGAUCAGCCUAGGGAAGGGGAUGGUUCCCUGGCCUACCGCUCUGGCCGCGAGACCUCCUGGGGAGUUCCCUAGCCUCUGUGACAUGUAAAAGGAGAGUGUGAUGUUCAAUAAUAAAAAUGCUUCUCACAGUU